CAGGACAGCAGCAUCAUCAGCAGCAGCACAGAUAAUGUUACCUGCUGGCUUAAGCUUUGUGUUUCAGUUAGAGAGUCGUCUGUCACUGACUUCCGGUAUAAUGGGGACAUUAUUUUCAAAGCAUCUGCUAGUCUGACAGGUGUGUUGAUGGCUGUGUUUGUGAACCAUAUAGCAGGAAGGGUCACUGUGUACUCGGUGCCAGGAUGCCCGCAGUGUUUACAGGCCAAGGCUGCUUUACAGGCACUGAAUCUACCAUUGUGUGAAGUGGACGUGAGUCAUGAUGCGGCUGUCAGGGCUUGGCUAAAUAAGACGACUGGUAGCAGCACUGUGCCACAGAUAUUCUUUAACAACGUCCAUAUAGGAGGAAAUGACAUUCUUCAAAAUUUGACUGCUGAAGAACUUGAACCUCUGGUACGUAUGGUGAAGGAGAAGCCUGUGCCUCCAGAUGCUCUACCCUUACCUGCAGCAAACAGCCCUGAGUGUGAGGAGAAGGACAGAGGAGCAAUUUCAGCUUCUGAAUUAUCUGAGGCCCUGAGGAAUCUGAUCAUGAAACUGUACUCUGAUCACCUCUCUGCUGAUGGCAAGUCAGUGGACUAUAAGGCCAUGUCUAAAAGCACAUGUUAUGAACGAUAUUGUGAGUUGGCUGUGUACCUGCAGCGUGUAGAGCUGCUCUCUUUGAGUCAUGAGGAGAGGCUGGCUUUCUUCAUCAAUGUUUACAAUGCGCUGGUUAUUCAUGGGUACCUGCGCCUCGGCUUCCCCAAAAACAUUUGGCAGAGGUACCGGUUCUUCAACUAUGUAAGCUACCUGAUUGGAGGAGAGGUUUUCACACUCCAGGAUAUUGAGAAUGGAGUGCUGCGGGGAAACAGGAAAGGAAUAGCACAACUUCUGAAACCCUUCUCAAAGAAUGACCCGAGGCUACAGGUUUCACUUCCUGAAGCAGAGCCUCUAAUUCAUUUUGCACUGAACUGUGGUGCAAAAGGCUGCCCGCCCAUUAGGACCUACACCUCAAAGGACAUUGGCAGUCAGCUGCGGACUGCUGCUGAGGCAUUUCUGGAGGCUGAUGAUGGCUGCAUUGUGGAAUCUAUGAAAAGAGAGGUGAAGCUUAGCCAGAUCUUCAAAUGGUACAAGGCAGAUUUUGGAGACACUGAUGAACAGUUGCUGAACUGGGUUUUAAACCACAUGAGGGCAUCUCAAAAGAAGACAAGUCUGAAAACUCUUCUAUCUACAGGGAAUGUUAAAGUAAGCUAUAUGCCUUAUGACUGGUCCACCAACAGCACACACUGACUCUAUUACUAAAAAUGUAGGAAUUUGGGAUGACCUGUCUAACACUGAGUUAUAGGUUUAUAUUUUCUUUAGCAAAUGCAUGAGAGCACAGAUUUUACUAUGGCUGUAGCCAGCUUCUCUGUCUAGGAUAAAAAAUUAAAACACAGAAAAAGCUGGCCUUGCUUUUAAAUGGAUAACUAUGCAUCUCGAUUUUUAACAAUAAUUCUGUACACUCCAAAGGGCACAUUUUCCUACCAGCAGUUAUCCCUUCCCUUCCAGUUAUUUCCUUAAUGAUUAUCUACUUUGUCUUAACCCACUUGAUUUCUCUUAAACUGAUUUAAAGAUUAUAUUAAUUAUGAUAUAUAACUUAGUUUUCUUUCCCAUAUUAUUAAUUUAGCUUGUGUGAUCCAUUAUUGCUAUGAAGACAAAUGAAUAUUUGUAGUAGCUAUAAGCACUAAGACUUUAUGCCUUAUUGGGAUUGUUUAGCAUGGACUCUAUCAGCAAAUGGCCCUAAAAGCAUAAGAAUGCAUGCCACUGUACCAAUAUUAUUUUUAGUAUUCAAUAUUAUUAUUAUCACAUGGAUCACAGUGAGCAUAAACUGCAGUCCAUGACUUGUUUUCCAUUUAAAAUGUCAAUAUCAAUGCUUACAUAAUAUCAUAUUAAUUGAUUUGUCUGUGCACUUGUUGCCAUUUUUAAACAAAUCUGAUGGGAGUUGAGCAUGUGUUGUGAAAUCAAUUGCAUGUUGUAUGGAAAGGAUGAAAUUUACGAAAAAUACACAUCGAAAUGUAUAAAAGAUCUUAUAUCUUUUCACCUUUUUAAUAGAUGACACCUAUAUACCAAGUGCACCUCAUACUUAGUUCAGGAAUUUCUGUUCGAUAUUUGAUUGACUGAUAGACUUAUAUAUGCAAUAUAUGCAGGACACUAUAUAUUGAAUUCAGCAGGUGAAUGAUUUUAUAAACCAGGAAAAGAUUCAUUAUUAUACUAAUCAGGAAUUAAACCAAUGCAAAGCUGACUGGCUAAUAUUGGAUUCAUUCUGUUGCAUGAACCUGGGUUGAGCAAUAUUAUGCACUGAUGAAUACAUUAUGUUAAUGCAAGCUUUAAAAAUAA